AGAGCGACUACCUGUGAAUUACCGAGUCUGACCAGAAUGGAUCCGAUAACGGAGUUAGAGGGUCUGAUCGACCAGCUUGGUGUUCUUUUGUACACUAGCAUUGGCAUGGUUCAAACGGACCCGCCGCCACCAGCUUCUUCUAACGGAGCUGUACAACAGGAAGUGAAGUCACCCUUGACUCCUGAACAGCUUAGAGCAUUUGCGUCAGAUAUAGUCAAAAUAAGCAAGACCAUAGAAACUUACGUGGACUCGCUGCCUAGCAUCGGCAUCUCGGAGGAAGAGCAGUCAAGUCGCAUCAGGGCACUGGAGGAGCAGAACCGUCGGCUCGAAGAGCAAAUUAUUAAAAAUGAUCAGUUGAUGAACGAAAAACUUCAACAGUCUAGAGAAUCUUUGAAGAUUAUUGCAGAGGCGAAGCUCCGAAUUUCUCGUUAAGUGUAGGCUUUUUAUCUUUUGAAGCAACGGUCGGACGUGAAAGGCCAGCUUCAAAGACGAGAAAAAACACGCAAAGAUUUGAGGGAAGUGUCCAUCUCUCUUGUUUUUAGUUUUAGUAGGAAAAUGUCUUCUCUCACGAAGGAUUGCAGAGUGGGAGAUGUUGACCAAUCGAAAGCUGAACGGCUAUAACCUGGUAAAAAGCAUUAUAUAGAGAGCUGACUGUUUAAGCCGGUGGUUUUUGUUGCUAAAAAGGCCAGUUAGGAACUGCUUACAAUAGAACAUGCAAA